AACAACUGAAAGGCGAGUAAUGAUGUAGGCGCGCUACGCGACAUCGACGACUAUACAACGCCACAUCGCUGCACCAGACGAUUUAUUGGAGCGGUGGCAACGCAGGGGGGCGCGGUUCGUCUCGCAGCUCGUCUGGCAAAGAAGCUUGUUGGCUAGUGAUGAGAAGUUGCGGACAGCGCGUGCGGAAGGCGGCUGUUGUUGUGUUGUCUGUGGUCCUUGUCCGUGACAACAUGACACUCACCUCACUCUCUGCCACUCUCACAUCCCGUGUGAAACUUGGAAGUAAGGUAGGUGCUUGAUAGUCAGGUAAAAAAAACCACCACAACAUCACGUGUUGUGACCUAAGAGAGCAAAGGUGAUCGACGAGGAGACACGAGAGGUCUGCGAGGAGCAUCCUAGAGGCGGGUGGAUGCUGCCCACCCUCACCAGUCUGGCAUCGAACGAGAGAAUUAAUCAAAGACUGGACCUCAGUCGUCCCCCUGCAUCCUCUGACCGUGUGUGUUUGUGUUUUCUGUUCGGAACAAAGACUCACCUGUACUCAACUCACCUGUGAGACCUGGGAAUCGUUGUCCUCCUCAUCCUCAUCAUCAUGACUGCUGCGGCAGUGGUGGCAGCCAGCGCCCCCAAGCGGCACGGUUUCUCCAUCGAAUCGCUCAUCGGACGCCGUGACGACAGUCCGGGCCGGCGCCAGAACAGCAGCAGCAGCAGUGGCGGGGUUUGCAGACCGUUUGAGGAGCGGGGCCUCCCGGACAGGGAGCGUGCAAGGGAUCGAGACUUUAGCCGAGGGAGCGUCGUCAGCAAGGAGGUGCCCGGUGAUCACGGCUCGAGGGACGGUGAGAGAAGGGUCGCAGACCGUGCAAGGGAGGGCAGAUCGUCGUCGUUGUCGCCCAGGCUGGGCACAGCAUCGCCGUCCUCUACGGAUGACGAGAGGAGCGCGAGGGUUCCGUCCCCUGCUCACUCCGCUAGCCCCAGCGGCGGUUUGGGUCUGGACAAGUCCUUGUCGCCAGAAACGGAAAACCGUUUCGGACCCUGGAGUCGCGAGGACUUCAAGCACCUGCUGGUGGGUAGCGGGGCGUUCGGACCUCAUCAUGGUCACCACGCUGGUCACCACCAUCAUCACCAACACGCAGGUCAUGCGCUGGCCGCGGCAGCUGCUGGAGGAGACCACGAAGGGGCCAACCUGUACCAGCAGCCCUUGCGUGUGUGUAACCGCAGCCUGGCGGCUGCCAUGAACACCCUGAUGGGACCUCACCAGGGGCUCGGGGCUCUGCCUGUCAACCCCCUUCUGUACAGUCUGCAGCGGGACAUCGCACAUCACCAGUCCGCACACUCUCUGCUUGCGGCCCGCUACUCUGGAUUCAUGCACCCUAGGUACCCCAUCGGCCCACCCCCAGGCCUACUUUUCCACCCGUAUCGGAAGCCGAAGCGGAACAGAACAGCCUUCUCGCCCUCGCAGCUGCUGCAGCUGGAACAGGCGUUCGAGAAGAAUCACUACGUGGUGGGGCAGGAGCGCAAGACUCUCGCCAGCAAGCUGCAGCUGACAGAGACUCAGGUCAAGGUCUGGUUUCAAAACCGGCGCACGAAGCACAAGCGGAUGAAGGCGGAAGAAGAGGCGUCCGGUGGCAUCACUUCCGGCGAUGACGUCAACGCUGCAGGUGAUGCGGCCCACUCUGACGCCAAGAGCGACGCCUCCGACCACGACAUGGAGGAUGACGUCAGCACCGACGACGAGGAGGAACUGUCGGUUACCGAGGACUCUUAGACGGUGGGUGUCGGUCGACACGAGACGCCAACUCCUCCCACCUUCACCACCAGUGAUACUCGGGGUGGAAGGUCAAGAGAUGUGGCUGUUGAUCCACCUCGUGCCCAGGAAUCGCCUCUGAUGCUCUAAACUCUUGAGUCCCUUACUCUCAUUAAACGGACACUGAAAGGGCUGGACCUUCAGGGCACUGGCUGAUGGACCUUCACAUGAUUGUAGUGCGCACCUUGGUGGACAUUGCAAGACUUCUCUUCACACGUUCACACGGGUGCCACGGGUGGCUUCAGGUGCUGGCUUCUGCAAGGUGAGAGCCAAACGUUCACAGGUGGUAGAGAAAAAAAAGCGCACUAACUUCUGUGUUUAACACUUAUUAUUUUUGGACGAGAGGAGGAGGAUUCCAGGAAUCGAACCUGUCAGCAAGGCAACAGUCAUGUGACACAAAAAAAAAAAAAAGAUAUUCUAAACAAAAACAGAAGGGAAAUAAUUCUAAUCGCUUCGAACCGAACUGCACCAUGGUGUGACGACGGCUGUGAAGCGGCGCACUAUUUUCAUUGUAACAUUUCAUUUCUACGAAAGCAAAGAAAGUAAUUGUUCGUCACACAUUAACCAAGAUGUUGCCCCGCACUCUCGCUCCUUUUUUCUAUGAUAUCUAUUUUCGUCGUCUGGGAGGUGUCAAGGGUCAGCGGCUGAAGCUGACGUCACAGGGUCAAGUUUCAGGUGUUAAUCCCACCGUUCACAUCGCGGGGUCAGACUCGAACGUGCGGUCCAGCCAGUGCGCAUGCGUCAAGAACACGUGACAGUGCGCAUGCGUGACUGCCUGCCAGCCAUUCGGGGUAGCUGUUACAUGGAAUUGAAAUGUUUGUAAAGACUUGUGAGGUUGCAGCUGGUUGACGAAAGUGUUCUGAGGACAGAAGAUAGUCAGUAGAUGUUUCCUCCUGUCGGUACUGAUGUCACGUGACGGCCAACCACCAAUCACACGGUGUAUUUUCAGCCCACUCUAAGUGUGUUUCUUUAUUGUUACUCUGUGAGCAGAACUGGAUGAUUUUUAAAAAUAUUAAUAUACUUUAUUAAUUCCAUUUUCCCCACCUAUCCUUUUGAACGUGUCUUGAUUUGAACUUGUGUCUUUGCAAAUGUGAACAUAACUUGUUUACUGGAGCGAGAGAGAGAAUAAGUCCUGAUGACAACAGACAGAGAGAAGAGAGACUGAGGACGAAUGAAAGAGAAAAAGAUGGCGACAGACAGAAAUGUGAGCGAGCAAGGAGAGAGAGCAGAAUGUGUGUAGUGUGUUGUCUCCGUCCAAGUUCACAGGUGCUUGUGGGAAACAUUACUUAGAAAUCCCCUUGUUGAUCGACUUACUGUGAAGAUCGUGAAUGUAAUAAAUCAACUGUGAACAUG